AGACAUUGGGGUGGGCAGUCCAUAUCUGCUCUUCAGAUGGAACUCCGCAGAUGUGAGGUAACUAGUUGAUCAAAACACGAUGCUAAGUGGUUUCGAUUUGACCAUUCAAAUUUGGUAGGUUCACUGUGGACUGAUCGGACUGUGUGGAGGAUUUGAUUGACAGCUUCUCUGCCCUGUGGAAAAGCUCCAUCUGAGAAAGGAUUCUGGAUCGUCACCGGGAAGAUUUGAUUGCCCUGCCGGCCCACAUGGCAUCUCCUCAGCACAGUCACACUUCUAGAGUUCCGCCAGCAGAGGGCUUUGCUACGAUGGAUUACUGCGUGUGCGUACUUUUGCUGCUCUCCAGCGUGUCCUGCGUGUCCAGCGGCCAGUUCCCCAACGCGCACAUGAUUAAAGAAUGGGUGGACCAGAUGCAAAAGGACUUGAUCACGCUCACGGACAAGGCGAGCGGCAUACGAAGUCUCACUCAGAUCUACAACAAACAUAAAACGCACUUCAGCGUGGAGACCAACCGCAUCGAAGAGCUGGUGGCCACGGCCGCCGGGAAUAUCGAGAGAUUGUUGGAAAGCCGCUCCAAAGCCCUCAAGCGACUGGCAGAAGAGGCCGAAAGCCUCCAAAUGGCUCACAUAUGGCAAGUCAACAGCGAGCCCGACAAAAUCAUCUACUACAACGCCAAAGACAACCUCAAUCAGACGGAGAAGAAGAACCGCUACGUUCCCGAGGACUUCCACGUGGACCCCGACUUCCAGCGUCUGGUCUCGUACAACACCACGGCCGUCCACAUUCCCACCGACAUAUACGAGGGCUCCACCAUCAUUCUGAAUGAGCUCAACUGGACAGAGGCCUUGGAGGAGGUUUUCCGGCGGAACAAAGAGGAAGACCCCACGCUCCUCUGGCAGGUGUUUGGUUCCGCCACCGGACUGGCUCGCUACUUCCCGGCAUCUCCCUGGAUCGACUCCAGCAAAUCGGCCAAUAAAAUCGACCUCUAUGACGUACGCAGGCGGCCGUGGUACAUCCAGGGGGCAGCGUCGCCCAAGGACAUGCUGAUCCUGGUGGAUGCGAGCGGCAGCGUGUCGGGCCUCACCCUCAAGCUGAUCCGAACGUCCGUCAGCAAGAUGCUGGAGACGCUGGCGGACGACGACUACGUCAACGUCGUCUAUUUCAACGACAAGGCCACGUACGCCGCCUGCUUCAAGAACCUGGUGCAGGCCAACGUGCGCAACAAGCGCAUCCUCAAGGACGCCGUGCAGGGCAUCAGCGCCAAGGGAACCACCAACUAUGGGCGCGGCUUCGAGCUGGCCUUCAGCCAGCUUGCACAGAUGAACGUGUCCAGGGCCAACUGCAACAAGAUCAUCAUGCUCUUCACCGAUGGAGGCGAGGAGCGCGCCGAGGAGAUUUUCAAGACGUACAACCCCAAACAAGCCGUGCGCAUAUUCACAUUCUCAGUGGGUCAACACAACUACGACAAAGGGCCCAUACAGUGGAUGGCAUGCACUAAUAAAGGUUACUACUAUGAGAUCCCGUCCAUUGGUGCAAUCCGGCUAAACACUCAGGAGUACCUGGAUGUUUUGGGCAGGCCCAUGGUCAAAGAGGACCGCAAGGCCAAACAGGUCCAGUGGACCAACGUGUACCAGGACGCACUGGAGCUGGGACUCGUCAUCACUGGAACCCUACCCGUCUUCAACAAGACCAACACGGGAUCCAAGAAAUCUCAGAACCAGCUCAUCUUGGGCGUCAUGGCCAUCGACGUCUCCCUGGAGGACAUCAAGAGGCUCACUCCGCGCUUCACUUUCGGACCAAACGGCUACUACUUUGCCAUCGACCCCAAUGGAUAUGUGCUGCUCCACCCCAACCUCCAGCCGCCGACAGCUGAGUUCCACGAGCCUGUGACGUUGGACUUUUUGGACGCCGAGCUGGAGAAUGACAUUAAAGUAGAGAUAAGGCGGAAGAUGAUUGAUGGCCUCACGGGGACUUACCCCAUAUCUGCUCUGGUCAAAUCGCAAGAUGAGCGUUACAUUGACCUGGGCCGCAGGACCUACACUUUUGCGCCAGUCAAGGGCACAGACUACAGUCUGGCACUGGUCUUGCCCGACUACAGUUCGUAUUACAUCCGAGCCACCAUCGGCGACACCAUCACCCAAGCAAAAUUUUCUGAGAGCCUGCUGGCAGACAAGUUUGACGAAUACGGCUACACGCUCAUUGCGCCAAGGGUGUACUGCAAGGACCUGAAGCCGCCCGACAAGGACAAAAGCAACACGGAGUUCCUCAUGGAGUUCAACAACUACAUCGACACCAAGACGCCAAACAACCCGAUGUGUAACGUGGAGCUGGUGAACCGAUUGCUCCUGGACGCUGGCAUCACAUCAGAUCUCAUCAAGAUCUGGAAGGGGAAUACGUUGCAGCCCGGAGUCACCGCCAGAUUUGUUGCCACCGACGGAGGGAUUACCCGAGUCUACCCAAAAAGCGCUGGCUUGAACUGGAGGGAGGAGGCUGAGACGUACGAGUCCAGCUUCUACAAGCGAAGUUUGGAUAAUGACCUGUACAUCUUCACGCCCACGCCGUACCUCGCAGACAACACGAGCGACAACUCUGUCCUCGUGAGCAGAGCCGUCAACCUCAAGAUCGACAACAAGCUCCUCAAGCCGGCAGUGGUCGGCGUCAAGUUGGACGUCAGCGCCUGGAUGGCGAGCUUCAUCAACACCACGCUGAGGACCAACUGCACGGAUGAUAUCUGUGGCUGCCAACGCAAUAAUAUGUAUGUGGACUGCGUCAUUCUGGACGAUGGCGGCUUUCUAGUCAUGUCCAAUCAAGACGAAUACAUCGAUCAGAUCGGUCGCUUCUUCGGCAUGAUCGACCCCAUCCUGAUGGUCAACCUGGUCAACUCGUCGCUGUUCACCUCCAAGAAGUCCUUCGAUUACCAGUCGCUAUGCGAUCCCACCAAGGAGACCAAGGCGGCGGCGGGCCUCCGAUCUGUCUACGUUCCCUCCGUCGCUGAUAUUUUGAAUGUCGGAUGGUGGGCCACUGCUGCAGCCUGGUCGAUCAUGCAACAGUUGCUGGUCAGCAUCACAUUCCCAAAUUUCCUGGAUGCAGCCGACGUGGAGGAGGACGUGUCCGACGACGUGCAUACAGAGGUGUGCAUCACGGAGCAAACGCAGUACUACUUCGAGACUGGCGGCCUCUCCUUCAAAGGAACAGUCGACUGCAAAAACCGCUCCAGACUGUACCACGCCGAGAAGCUUCCCAAUACCAACCUGGUUUUCGUUAUUGCCGACGCCAAACUCACCUGCUCGUCCUGCGACACCAAGCUGCUCGUACAGGAUGAACAGCAGUCUAAUGGCCCCGAUCCCUGCGAGCUAGCUCAGAAUCCUCGCUACAGGAAAGGACCUGCAGUGUGCUUCGAUAAUAACGAACACGACGAGGCCCUGUGCCGGCGUAGCGCUGGCUCCCCGUCGGCGUCCUCACUGCUCGUGUUACUGCCGCCACUGUUCGUGUGCUUUGCCGGGAGGAGGACCCUGACUGUGGCGGGGCGUCCGGCUUGAGUCCCUCACUGUGGCUCACCUUGGCCCUUCAGUUGGCGCUUUUCUGGGUUCUUAGCGGGUCCGGACAUCACGCCGUCCCGUCAUGACCUGCCCCUACCCCACCACCAUCUCUGUAUACCAGCAUGCCUCCGGAAUGACGACUGAGAAGAGCUUCAAAAUUUUGGACUGAAGAACCCUUGGACGGUCCCAACCGGAAGAGGACUUGGAUUGGUGGUGCCAUUGUUCAGAAGUUUGCCUUAUCGGACUUGUUUGAGGAGCUUGAGCUGUUUAAUUCAACACUGCCAGAAGCUAGCAAACAUUUUUUUUAAUUCAGUUCCCUGCUUGUUAGUUUAAGGCAAAGGAAAGAGCUUCACAACAAACCUUUGCCCCCAGUCCGCCCCCGCCAGGGUGCAGAUAAUUUCUUUAUUUUUGUCUGGAUUCUUCCCCCCUCCUGCCAGUGUCUCUGGAACUUGUUUACUUUGUGCUCUUGGUCAAAUCCGAAUCCUCAGCCUCCUUCCGUCUGGAAUUCUUGGAUCGAAUACUGCCAUGCGUGCUCGUCAACCAAUCAGGACGAACCUGACUGUAAACUCUCUUGUGCCAUGUUUGUGAUUCCGAUGCUAGCUUAUUUAUUGGACUUUUUAUUGAAGGUUUGAGACUGCUAUCUUCACUUUAUGUGUACAGCUACUGAAGUCCACUUUACCGUCCUUUCUGUGCUUACAUCUUUGCAGAACUAAUAACAAAUCGGAUGCAAAAGGAGCGUUCUAUUAAUCGCGCUGGCUUUGUGCUUGUGGUCGGAUUUCAUGAAGUAAUUGGCUGCGUUAUACGGUGCACACAGUGGUUUUAUUGGGCAGUCUGCCCUGAAAAUGAAAAGAUUUUAGAUAAAACCACACAGUGUGGUUCAACACCAACCCCACUACUUUCACACUUGGUCAUUUUAAUAGAGCUUGGAUGUAGCGAAUCUCCGACGUCAUGCAAGUGUUGGACUUUAUAAUUCAGCCAUAGCAUCGUGCUCGUGUUGGAACUAACGACAUGGUUGUCAUUUACUAACCGUGGAGAGAGAGAGAGAGAGAAAAAAAAUACAAGUGCCAUAACCGAAUUCCUAAUUUAUGCAAGGUGACGACGUCAAGUAUUGCGCGAUGAUCAGCUGUUACUGCCUUUGUUUUCCCUUGAGGCGACAGCAUCUACAGUCUUUUGCAUUACAAUACAUGCCAAUGUUUGACAUCAACUGCAGCAUUGCGGUACUGAAAGGUUUUGAAUUUAAAGUGUUCAAAUUCGAUGCUGUCCCCUCGGGAAUAAUUUACAUGUGAUACGAAGUGUUUCAGAUUCCUUACAAAUUGCGGGAAUCUUAUGGAUUGGUGUGUGUUUGUUUCUUGCGUGUGUGGGUGUGUGUUACCAUCGGGUCCACCAAGGCCUGUUUUUUUAAGGCGACGUCCACAUGUACGUGGGUAUUUAAGAAAUGAUAUUUCGUACCGCUGCGAUACUGGCACUCCACAUUGCAACAUUCUGUAAUCCAGUGAAACUCGCAAAUUUGCAUAUAUAUGGAUUUUACGGGGGGGGGGGGGGGCAUCUUGUGGCCAAUGGGAGGAGGAUGUAAGGGGAGGAGCUGUAGUUCGUCAGGCCAUAUCCAUGUCUGAUAGAUUAAAAUUCGUGUGGCAUCUAUCGGCAGUUACAGCCCUUUUUGUGUUGGUGUCAUUACUCGCCGAUUUCGUUAUUCGCGACGGGGCUCGGUCCCUGAACACUGUCAUUAUUUUAGCCAAUCAAGAACUCUGAAGAAAAUCAUUGAGGGAAAUGGUACAAUAACAAUAUAACGCUGCAUGCAACAAUGCUGAAUUUUCUGAAAAGUCAGUUUUCAGUGACCGAAAACUGUUGCAAACAAAUACAUUUUCUUAAAAUACCGUUAAUUGUGUGGACAUUGUCUUAGUUUCCCUUGAUUGUGCUUUAAAAUGUUACACUUAAAAAACAACAACAACAAUUCGUACAAAAACCAAAGUUCUGAUCAAAAUGUGUGUUCAUCCAUGUGCAAAUAUUCCGAAUAAAAUUUUAUGAUAACAA